AUGGCGCUACAGUACUCAGAGCUCAUCAAAUCGAUGAGAAACGAAUGGGAAAACGGCGUCGAAGACGAGAACAAUUGGCAACGACGAAAUGGACUGCUUCGCAAGCUUGCCGAAAUCUGCGACAAAUACGACCCGCCCAGAGAUCUCUACGAACAACUCAAGCCCUUCUUCAACCACCUCAUCACCACCUGCGCCACAGAGCGAACGACAUUGGGCAUCUCGGCGCUGGCUUGUCUCAGUUCCAUUUUCAAAGUUCUGGGCACGCAAAUGGCACCACAACUCGACCACAUGCUGCCACCACUCAUCACAUUCUGCGGCGUCACCAAGAAGCUCACUUCCAAAUCUGCUGGCGAGGCAAUGACCACGGUCUGCACAACAGUCGGCUACAAUCUUCGACUUGUCGCCCAUGUCUGUGACGCGUUCAAGGAGAAAGCCACCAAUUCUCGGCUCUUCGCUGCUUCUUGGCUUAACCACAUUCUCAAGGCUUACAAGAGCCACCUAGACCCCAGCAGAGAUUUUCCCAGAAUCGACGCAGCACUCAUCACUGGCCUUCAAGACUCUCAGAACACCGUUCGCGAAGCACUGCGGCCCACGUAUUGGCGAUACGCAAAGCUUGCCGCUUCCAAUGCUGCCGCUAUCAUGGACAAGAUGCCGAAAGACAAGGCCAAUGCUCUCAGGAACCAUCCCGACAACCCAGACAGACCUGCAGCUGCAUCACAACCUGCAAGACCCGCAUCGGCGUUGUCCCAGAUCAAAGCACGCAGCAAAGCCCUUAAACAAAGCACCAGUAAACCUCCUGCUGAUGUCGUCGACACCGACAGCAGACCAGCACUCAAUACAUCUACCUCAAGCAUCACUGCGAAGCCUGUUGCCACAAUGGCUGCGGCUCCUGCACGUAUGACACGAUCUACCACUGAACCACAUCCGAUCAGCAAGGCAAGAGACUUCACACAGUCCACCAUGCAAUCUAUCUCAUCAACAUCAACUUUUGCUCCUGGCCGUAUCGACAAUAUCGAUGCUCCCGACGGAAGCAUGGUUCCACUACCAGCCUCGCCCAAACAAUCCGUCACAUCCGACAGGAGUCGUUCCAACACAGCUCUUGCGAAGAAGAAGGCUCGACACGGCCCAGAAUACGGCGAUGAAGGUGAACCCCUUACAUCAGAGCAACCUCGUCACGACGACGCUGGCAUGAAGCACUUUACAUCCAAUCAUCCUGACCGUGUCGCUACCAUCGACCGUCAUCUGGAGAGGGAGACCACCACAAAGAAACACGUUGACCAGUCCAGCCUGCGCAAUCUGAUGGCCGCACCGGUCAGACGUCCACGUGUUGUCGCCACGCCCAUAAGUCAAACUGCUGCUCCACCAGCUCCUGUCCGACCAUCAUCGAAAGGUGACAGCAAGAAAGCUCAAGCACCCUCUGGUCGACAGACACCUACGAUUCAUUCGGGAAGAGCUACGCCUACCGAAGAACUCCCUAUCCGCGGUCACAAGAAGCAAGCUUCCAGCCGCUCAGGUCGCCAAACACCAACCAUACGCGAGGACAUCUCUCACAGCUCUCACCAGAAGAAGCCAUCUGUCUCUCGUGCAAAGACUACACCAGCCGCGCCCGUCAGCUCACGACCCACGACAUCAUCAUCCACCAAGACAUCUGCUCAUAUGGUCACAGAGUCCUUCUCAGACCAGCCCGACCUUCAAACAACCAUCACACCUCCUUCUGACGCUCCUAAGGCUUACGAGGCCUGCACUGGCAAAGCAAAAGAUGCUCGCUCCGAGGUGACCCGACUCAAGGAGGCUCUCAAGGCGAACAAACUUGAUGCUCUAGGUCACAAGAAGCUAUCAGGGUUACUCAAGGACAAGCCUGGCCAGCUCGUCACCACCCAAAAAGACUUUGACGAUCUAUACACCAUCCUCGUCAAUGCUCUGGCCGCCAACGCGUCUGUUGCUGCUCCUCCCGGCAAUUCUGCACGUAAUCCAGGCCAUCCUUUCUACAAUAGACACGCGUUGAUCGACUCCAUCGUUCGUCUGCUGGAGCAAUUCCCUGGUGCAGGAGAACCCCAGCCCGGUAUGGCGAUUGCUACUGUCAUCCAAUGCAACGCGACACACCCCGAUGGCGAGCGAUUUAGAACCUCUACCACCAUCGACACGGCCGCAAUGACUCUUGUGCGGCUCGUAAAGGCCGACAACGUCCUCCCGGCGCUCGACAACGUUGCUGACAGCUUCAUCGAGUAUCGCAUGACUGGAGGUGGAGACGUGGCGGUCUGCGGUUUGGCUCUGCGCUCCCUUUCCGCGCUUUUGGCUCGUGCUGCCGCUCUUGGUCUGGCGUUAUUCGAGGUGCAAGAGCGUCUCAUGGUUGACGUUGCUGUUUCUGCUUUGAAGCUGCAAUCGAAUCGCGACACGAUGGGCUUCGCUGUCGCCUUGAAAGGCCACAUUCGGCCGGAGGAGAGGUUGGAAGCACUCCUGGAGGGAGUGGCAGAGGGAAAUCUGCUGAUGUAUUAUUUGGCGCGGGAGUAG